GUGGAUAUUGUAUUGUAUGUACUUGGCAGGAGGUAACCCACCCAAACUGGUGAAUGGAGACAGCCGGUGUGUGGGGAGAGUUGAGCUGUACUACUAUGACACUUGGAGAACAGUUUGUGGCGAGACGCUGAACAUGGAGAUGGCAGAAUAUAUUUGUAACUAUUUGGGAUGUGGAUUUGCUGUAUCAGUCUCAAGUAACGCUCGCUUUGGAGAAGGAUCGGGGCCUGUGGUUGGUCGGCCUGACUGCGGACACGGGCAGGACGGUGGCAUAUUCUGUUCAGAUCCACUUCAGAAAGCCAUCAUUUCCCUGAAGCCAGAUUCCCCGUUCUUUGUGGGAGGGGAAAGCGCUCAGAUCUCAUGUUCUGGGAAUUUUCCAGGCAGCAUAUUCUCUUUAUACAUAGACGGCAAGUUUCUCAUAUCACGGACAGCUCAGGAAAACAUCCACACGUCAAAUUUCACCCUGUCGGAUUUCAGUGCAGGAAAUUACACGUGUAAAUAUACUACACAUAUAGACGGUCGAGAGUUCACAUCCCCAGAGAGCGAACGAGUGGGAAUCUAUUUGUGGGAACCGCUCCAGAAACCAACCAUUUCCCUGAAGCCAGAUUCCCGGAUGUUUGUGAGAGGGGAUAGCGCUCAGAUCUCAUGUUCUGGAAAUUAUCCAGGCAGCAUAUACUCUUUAUACAUAGACGGCAAGUUUUUCACAUCACUGACAGCUCCGGAAAACAUCCAAACGGCAAAUUUCGCCUUAUCGGAUUUCAGUGCAGGAAAUUACACGUGUAAAUAUGCUACACAUAUAGACGGACGAAAGUUCACAUCCCCAGAGAGCGAACGAGUGGGAAUCUAUUUGUGGGAUCCGCUCAAGAAACCCACUAUUUCCCUGAAACCAGAUUCCCAGGUGAUUGUGAGAGGGGAAAGCGCCGUGAUCUCAUGUUCUGGCAAAUAUCCUGGCAGCAAUUUCUCUCUGUACAGAGACGGCGAGUUUAUCUCAUCACAACCAGCUCCAGAAAAUAACCAAUCGACCACAUUCACCCAAUCGGACAUCAGUGCAGGAAAUUACUGGUGUAAAUAUACUGCACACAUAGAGGGACGAGAGAUCACAUCACCAGAGAGCGAUCGAUUGGCAAUCUCUGUGCGGGGUUACUUGACUACUCAGGGAAUUGCGAACGUCGGCCGCCUCAUCCUGGUGAUCUCGUUGUGUCCGUUAAUUAUUGUCCUGCUCGUGGUUCAUCACCGACGAAUAAAAACAUAUAACAGUCAAGAAAGGGUUAGUGAAGACACGACCUGAACUCUCCACUGUUCUCUUGAAAGCUCCCAUAAUCCAGCUGGUGUCCAGAUUACUCUCCGUCUCAGUCCACAGAAUCUUUCUCUUACUGUUGAUUUAAUUUCUUCCCUUUGCUUUUUCCUCAAACACCUUGAUGCACUCACUUCCCAGUUCUCUGUCUCAUUCACCCGCCUGUGAGAGGCGAAGUGAUGAGAGGCAAAAUGCACCUGUCAAUAAUCAGACCAAUAGCCAUUCCCACAUUUGAUAUUGCAGUUGCCACAUCACGAAAAUGUCUGAAAGCACAUUUCAAGAUGUACUGUUGAUAAACGAGGUUAUUUUGGGGUAAACGCGGCAGCUAAUUUGCUUACAGCAAUGUGCCAGAAUCAGCCAACAAGUUAAUCAAACCAUAGGAUCGUGUGAUUUAUUUUGGAGGCGAACACACAUGUAUAAUAAAAUUGCUUUGCGGUGGAUUAAGAUGAAAUAUAUCUUUCCAUUUGAUCGUUCAUUAGCACAUCAACAGGUGUCAGAGGGAGAUGGAUUUAGGGAAUAAUGGAUUAAGGUGUCAGUGGGAAAUGAAUGGAGACGUAGAAUACCAAAUAAUAUUCUAGUGCAUAGCAUUUUUCACAUCAGUAACAUGCUUGCAAAUGAUGUUCACAGCUGACUACACUUCUAAGCAAUCCACUUUCCUGUUCCUGGCUCUCAUGUCAACAUCCAGCUUGCUCUUAAUUGUUUAAAACCUUUCUCUCCACACUGAGAGUUUCACAUGUUUUGCAAUAA